AUGUACCAUUUGGAGAAAGCCAAAUUUGUGAGUGGCCGCGGUCGUAAGGCACUGAAUCUCGGCGCCACCCCGAAGAACGCUCCCCCGAACGCCGCCGUCAGCCCGGCCCCGGCUUCGCUCCCGCACCCGUCGCCGAACACGACCACCGGCACACCGUCGACGCCAAAUGCGGUGCAGGUGCAGCAGGCGAACCAGGUGCAACAGCAGCAGCAGCAGCAGCAGCAACUGGUGACUGUCACCGGGGCCCAGACCAACAGCGGCGGCAACAGCAGCGCCGCCGGCUCAGGAGCAGCAGCGCCGCCACCGAACAGUGCCCUGCUAGCCAGCGCCGGCCAGAGUCAGCACCAGCACCAGCAGCACCAGCAUCAGCAGCAGGCCCAACUGCAGCAGCACCUCGCCCGCCAUCCCCCUAUACCAGGCGCUCCACCCCCCGGCGGCGGAGGAGGCGGCACGGGCCUCCAACAGCAACAGCAGCAACAGCAGCAUCAGCAGCAACACCUGGCGCAGUCCAUAGUCAUCAAGAGCGAAGCGGGCGACAACACCAUGAAGGAUCAGCCGCAGCAACCGAUGGCCCCGAUGGCGUUCUAUCCAACCUGGCAGGCCGACCCGUCGCAGGGCUGGCAGAACCAGUUCAUCCAGCAGAUCCCACAGAACACACCCGCAAUCACGCCCCUCAACUCCCUGGAGUUCCAGCCGCAGGGCUACGCCGCGUACCAACCGAACGGCUACGUCCAGACGGCCGGCAUCGGGUUCGAUCCGAACUACGGCCGUACGUACGCCGCCCCGCCGGCGGCCGUCCAGCGCUACGACUUCCAGGCGGCGGCCAACCAGAUCGCCGCCCCGAUCAACCAGGUGUCGCUGCAGAGCGUCAGUUUCGCGCCGACCGUCACGUACGCCGGCCAGGUCCCGGCGUCCGCAGACCACCAGUUCCAGCUGCAGCUGCAACAGCAACAGCAGCAGCAGCAGCAGCAAAAGUCGGCGGUGGCCGCAUCGUCCGCCACGUCCGCCGCCGCUUCGGCGGCGUCCGCGUCGUUGUCGGGAAACGACAUGCCUGGAUAUCCACGGGUGAGCAGCGUACCGCCGCGCUCACUCAACUGUAAUGGAUAUUCAGGCCAACAGGAAUACAGCGGUCCCCAGCAACAACAAACCACAACGACGGCGUCGCCGACGGCAACGACCAGCAGUAGUACCGUGGCACUACCACCAACUAGUGUCGCCAGCAACACUGCUGCUCCUCCGUCUGCUUCAACGUCCUCGUCGGCCGGCACGGGCUCAGCCGGCGGUGGCGGAUCCACCAGCAGCAACAACAACAACAUGCACCCACCGGGCGGUGGUGUUCCGCAGUCCCCGAACCGCAUGCAGCAGCAACCACCGCGGCCCAACUCGAACCAGCUCUACGCCCAACAGUCCCCCAAUCCGUACAACGGCGGCGGCAGUGGUGGAAGUCUGCAACAGUCCCCGAGCCACAACGGGAACACCUCGUACACGAGCGGCAUGCACACUCCCUCGCCGAUGUCAGACAAUCAGCAGCAGCAGCAGCAGCAGCAGCACCUACAGCAGUCCCCGAGUCACUUGCAGCAGCAGCAAACCGAUUGGGGCUGGACUCAGCAGCAGCAGCAACAGCAACAAUCCGGUGCGGAUCUGUUCAGUCAGUCCGAUCGCGUCAAUCUGAAUUCGCGCCUCAAAACGAUGAUCAUGAACAAGAGCGCUGACCCGAAGGAUGCGCUCGGCGGCGGCCAUCUUGUCGGCCAUCACCAGCAGCAGCAGACUGGUGGCGGAUCGGCCAACCCACAGGCAGCCGGUCAUUUUUUAUCGUAUAGCCACCAUCUCCGUGACAGUCUAACGCCAACACACCACCUGGCUCCGGGCUCCGGCCAGGUGGGUCAGUCCCAGGGGUCGUCAGCCCAGCAGCAGCAGCAGUCACCGCCGAGCGUUACGCCGGCUGGCGGCAUGAUGGCACCCGGGGGAGGCGAUAGCAACAGCAACAGCAGCAGUGGUACUACCCCGAACGAAGGAGGCGGUGGUACCACUCUCGGCGGAGAUGGUGGCGCAUCGGGAGGACUGAUCGGCGGGAUGGGGAACCUCGUCGAUCCGAACUGGAAGCAGCACCCCGGCGGGGGCAACACCGUGGCCCCCGGCAACGGCAACAGCAACAGCAAUAGUAGUAGUAACGUCAAGUCACCGCUUGACCACCACCAUCAGCAGCAGCAGCAGCAGCAUCACCUGCAGCAGCAGCAACAACAUCAGCAGCAGCACCAUCACCUACAUCACGAUCUGCUGGUCGGUGGUGGUGACCUACACCAAACCACGAAGCACUCGGUUUUUGAGCAGAAGCAGCAACUAAUCGACAAGAAUAAUGGCGACCCCGGAGGCGGAGGUCUCGGGUCGCCCAGCAGCCUCGACCUGAAGCCGAAGAUGGGCAAGUCGUCGGCGUCGUCGUCGCCCUCCUCAGGGGGCUCACCAUCCACAGGCUCGAAAGCUAAAAAGGGCGACAAGCACGGCAAGCAAUCGAAGAGCAGCCAACAGCAGCAACAACAUCAUCACCUCGAUCCAUCGCUGGACCCGGGUAAGGGCUACUCGAGCUUUAUGCACCACGAACACCAUCACCUGCAGCAGCACCAGCAGCAGCACCAGUAUGCGCCGCACCUCAACCAAACAUAUCCCGGCGGUGGAUCGACGACCUCGAACGGCAGCGGCGGAUACUCUCCCGCAGCCGGUUCGUCGAUGAUGCUGGACUCGGCGGCAGUCAAGGGUGGCAGUUUGCUGGACGACAAGGGUCCGCUGAACCGGUUCCGGCACGACACGCUCGCCAGUGGCUUCAAUAGCACCAGCACCAACCUGCACCAGGGAACCGCUUUCCAUCACCCGUCGGCCGGUGCACCGCCGUCCAACUACAACCUGAUGGCGGUCAAGAAGGAACCGGGCCUCCUGCUGGACGGCAGCGGAGGAGCAGGAGGAGGCGACGGCGGGAGUCAAUCCGCGGCGGCGGCCCUCGGAAAGUUUGACGGUGGUGGCGGUGGCGGCUACGAGAAGAACUAUCAGAACUUUAUCCGCUACGGUGACUACGGAGGGUGCACCGAUAACGGGGCGUCGCAGGCAGCACAGUCGCAGGUGCCGGGCGCAGCGGCCGACUAUAACAGCUACUACUCACCGUACGCGGCCGCCGCCGGAGGCUACUCGAGCUACGGUGGUCAGAACUAUCCGAACUACCACAACCACCAGGCGACCGGUGGCGGCGGCGGCGGUGGGUUCGGUGCAGGUGGAGCCGGCGCCGGUGACGUGAACCCGCUGCUCCUGCCGGCGAUGGCCGCCACCAGCAGCCCGAUAGCGCACCAGACCAACUUCGAGCAGCAGAUUCCGGCCCACACGUACCCGAUCCCGAAGAACAGCAGCCUCACGGCAGCGGCCAGUGAAGGCGGUGUCCCGAUCAAGCUCGAAACGGACGACUCGGGAGCGUACCUGGGACUCGGAGUAGGUGCCGGAACGUCCCUCGAACCACCCGGAACGAACCCCACUGUGGCGGAAGGUUCCACGGAGGGUAGUGGUGGCAGCGGCGGUGGGUCCAGCACCGGCACUCCGUCCGGUGGUACGACCGGUAGCACCACCAACACGACGACGACCACCACCACCACCACAACCACCAGCAGCAGCAGCAGCAAGUCCAAGUCGAAGAAGGGUGACAAGAAGGACAAAAGCAAGGACAGCCACGGUGGGGCGGAUGGUCCCGAGGGUAAAGCAGAAGGUGGCAGCAGCACCACCACCACGUCCAAGAGUGGCGGUGGAAGCAAAAGCAAGAAGGAUUCGAAGAGUAACGUCAAGAAGGAACCGCUCGAUCCGGCCCAGAAGGCGGACGAAGACAAGCUGGAGAAGUCACACAAACCGGAAGCGCCCGAUUGCGAUUGCUUCAGCGGUGGCACCGACAAGGCACCGUCGGAACCGGGCAGCUACUACACGCACCUCGGUUGCGCGGCCACGCUCGAGGAGCUACGCCGGGAGACGGAGAGCCGGGUGGGGCUGACGGGCAAGCAGCUGCGGAUCGAGAAGGUCGUGUACACGGGCAAGGAGGGCAAAUCGAGCCAGGGCUGCCCGAUCGCCAAAUGGGUCAUCCGGCGGGUCGACCAGGAGGAGAAGCUCCUGUUCGUCGUGAAGCGCCGGCAAGGGCACCGGUGCCGGGCGGCGUACAUUGUGAUCUGCAUCGUCGUGUGGGACGGCAUUCCGGCGCACGAGGCGGACAGCGUCUACCGGAUGCUGUCGGUGAAGCUGAACAAGUUUGGCCUGCCCACCGUGCGGCGCUGUGCCACGAAUGAGAACCGAACCUGCGCUUGCCAAGGGCUCGAUCCGGAAUCGUGCGGCGUGUCGUACAGCUUCGGGUGCAGCUGGUCGAUGUACUACAACGGGUGCAAGUACGCCCGCUCGAAGACGGUCCGCAAGUUCCGGCUGUCGGUGAAGAACGAGGAGGCGGAGAUCGAGGAGCGGAUGAACGUGCUGGCCACGAUGCUGAGCCCGCUCUACGUGACCGUCGCCCCGCAAGCCUUCCAGAACCAGGUGCAGUACGAGCGGGAGGCGCCCGACUGUCGGCUUGGCCUGAAACCGGGCAAACCCUUCUCCGGUGUGACGUGCUGUUUGGACUUUUGUGCCCACACGCACCGCGAUCUGCACAACAUGCAGGACGGGUGCACGGUGCAGGUGACGCUCCUGAAACCGCUGCCACCGGGCGUAAAGCCGGACGACGAGCAGCUCCACAUCCUGCCACUCUACACGAUGGACACGACGGACGAGUUCGACAGCGAGGAGGGCCAGAAGAAGAAGCACGAUACGGGCGCGGUGCAGGCGCUGGAGAAAUUCCAAACGGAGGUGCGUGUCCGCUCGACUCCGCUGCAACCGUGCCGGCGGCACGGGAAGAAGCGUGGCAACGGCAAGGACGAAAAGCUCGGCAAGGACGGUUCGGACGGUGGGGGCACGGCCCCGGAAACGCCACCGCCACCACCGCCACCGACGAAGAAGGAGAGCAAAUCGAAGAGCAAAAAGUCGUCCUCAUCGUCGUCCGGCUCGACGACGGCGGCCGCGAACGGCGACGUAGCGUCCCCGGGAGGGGCCGGUGGAAGUCAGAGCGGCGGCGGCGGCGGAGGGUCAUCGUCCGGUGCCGGGUCACCGAGAGCCCUGACGCCCGGUAGCCAAAAGAGCGCCGGUGGCGGUGGCGGCAAGACGAUCGGCGUUGGUCCCGCAUCCGGCAACGGUGGUUCGCUGGGUGUGGCCACUGCCGCCGUGGGAGUGCUGGGAGACAAGUUGUCUCCGAUGCACGGGGCUGGCACGGUGCCAACGCUCCUGGCCGGUGGAUUACCACAGGCCGUGGCCGCCGGUAACAACACGAGCGCCUUCACGGCACCGGGCAACGCGAUCAACUCGCCGAACGCGGCCACCAACAGCACGCUGAUCGAUAUGGCGUCAAUGAUCGACAACUUUACUGACGCCCAGCUCCAGUCGAACCAGAUCUCGAGCACGGUCCUCGAUUCGCCGUACAGCUACGACUACAACACCGGCCAGUACAUCGACAACCGGCAGUACUACAACAACUGGCCGACGGAUUACUACGGGAACCCGCGAGGCGGUGACCCGAGCAAGCUGGGGCUGGGGCGCAACGAGGAGAUCCCGGACACGACCACUCGGCCGGGUAGUAACAGCAGCAACUCGGCGUUCAGUCCCAGCAUCCCGGAUCCGACGAAAACGCCGACACCGAUCCAUAUGGACGACUACGGGACAACCAAGCUCGGUGCGCAGGCGCAACAGCAACAACAGCAGCAGCAGCAACAGCAUCAAUCGCAGCAGCAACAACAUCCGGCGCAGCAGCAGACGCAAAACACGUACCACACGCUGCAGCAACCGGAGCAGGGCUUCGUGAAGCCGAAACCGCCGGACUACAACCCGGCGGCGGCGGCCGGUUACGGGUACCACCAUGCGAACACGGCGAUGAGCUACGGUUACCACCCCCACCACCAUCCGCCGUAUCACCAUCACCACCACCACCACACGCCGUACGAUCCGUAUCAGAACUACAACUACGGGUAUCCGCCGCAGACCUACCACCAUCAUGCCGCUGCCGCUGCGAGCUACCACAACAUGUACCCGGCCUCCGCCCAGACGCAGCUCCCGGGCACGGGGCCAGCACCGCCGCCCCCACCGACGGCCGUCAUCCCGGCGCCACCGCCACCGUCCAACUGGAACCUCUAUCCGGCGCACAUCGGAUCGGCACCGACGCAGCUUCACGUGGCGGCCGCCACCGGAGCCGGCGUCCACCAUGGUGGUGGUGGCAAGCAGUCGGCGGUGGUGCCCAGUGUACCGUCCGUACCGAAGGAAACGCUCGGCGAGGUGACGGAAACGAACGAGAACGUGGACUGCUUCGAGGACCCGCAGAUGGGCGGUGUGGCGAUUGCGCUGCCCCACGGGAGCGUCAUCAUCGAGUGUGCGAAGCUCGAGAUGCACUCGACGACGGCGGUCAAGAAGCCGAACCGGUUGAAUCCGACGCGCAUGACGCUCAUCUUCUACCAGCACCGGAACCUGAACCGGCCCAAGCACGGAAUCGCCGAGUGGGCCGAGAAGAUGCGGCUCAAGAAGCUGGGCAUCCCGACGAACGAUCCGAUCGACGACAAGGACAUGCUGCUGGAGGACGCGGACAUCAAGGCGGAACCGCUCGACGAGCUGCACCACCUGCACCACCGGCACCACAUGGGUGAUGAACAUGACAUGAUGGACGUGGAAUAUCCGGGUGUCUAG